AUGGAUAACGAACCUAUGGACGCAGACAUGUCUGACGAAGACAUUGAUUACGACGAGGAGUGGUUGUACUGCCUGAGGGCAAACGAACUCGACGAUGCAGUUAAGCUGCUGAAGCAAAGGCUGGUCACCAACAUCCACGUGGUCGACAACAACGGCAAUGGGCCACUGCACUACUGCUGCGCCAACAACCUGGCUGAAGCGGUGGUAUUCCUCCUCACGGAGUGCAAGAUGGGCUACUGCCGCCCGAAUCACAGCGGGAACACGCCGCUGCAGUGGGCCGUGCAGACCAACAGCGCAGAUGCGGUGAAGCAGCUCUUGCUGCAUGACUACAGGGUCCACAGAGCUGAUUACGAGAAGCUUGAGAGGUCGGAUUUCUUUGAGAAUGUGGAAUCCGUGGUGCUGAGCGAUGCGCACAGGCUAGACGAUGACACGAAAAGGCACUACAACAUCACGGAGUAUCCGAGCAACUACGCAGCCAACAAUUGGGUGGGCAUUGUGACGCCCAAUAGCUUCGGAAAAUCGAUACUAAACGACGCGUUCAGCGCAAAGGACCAAACUAUCCUGCACGCCAUACUGGAACAUCCCGCGUCAGCAGUCCUUGAUAAACCCACCGAAACAUCUCAGACGGACCUUCCGAUAGAACGUGUGAGCGUCGGCGGCGUCAAUGGCGUGGUCCACGCGUUCCAGUUUGGCGGCCGCAUUGCGGAUAACCGGCCGCCGGUCGUGAGGGCGCGCGAGUUAGAAAUAAAGCAGGACGAAAUCCUCAAUGCGCAAUCGGCGGAGAUGGACCACACCGGGGAGGUCAUUUGGGAAACUGACCUCGUCGCUGCGCAGUGGCUGACGGCACUUGCGAGGGACGGCAAGUUCGAAGGCAAGAGGGUACUGCAGCUGGGCUCCGGCUGCGGCCUCUCCGCCAUAGCCAUGUAUGUCAGCGCGGCGUUCUACCAGAAAGCCCCCCAUACGCUGGUGUUCACGGAUGUAUGCAGCGACACCGUGCGAAACCUGAAGUUCAACGUCGAGCUCAACAAACUAGGCGCAGACGAUAGGGUACGCAUACACUACUUGGACUGGACGAAACCGGACACCUGGCCCCGGGAUGAGCAGGGGUCAUUGCAGACGUUCGAUAUCGUCAUCGGGAGCGACCUGGUCUACGACGCGAACCUGGUGGAGCCGUUGACCAACGUCAUUCAGGCAACACUCAGCAAGGCGCAUGGGGAAGUAUUCUACGCAUUCAAGCAAGCUAGAGAUGGAGCACGCCUCAUUCCGGAAGCGCUUACCAAGCUGGGUUUUAAUGUGACCACGCAACCGUCUCCCAGAGAGUUCCAGAGUAACCCAUUGGAGAGUUCUAACGACAAGGUGUUAGAAGCGUUCUUCCCAGACCUGCAGGACGACGACUACACCCUACUCUACGCGACUCGUGGUAACGCCUGCACAUCCGACGCGGCAGUCCACAAUGACCCUGUCUAUCGCAAUUGA